AUUUGGGGAAGCUUUAAAAAAAGAAUCAGAGACGAAUUUUAGGUUAGAAUAAAACAGUUACAGUGCGCAACAUGUUCUUCACAUUCAUUUCUCAUUAAAUCUUAUUUUAAACUAUUUAUUGUAAUAAAACGAACAAAAUGUCUACGAUUAUUCGCGUAAAACGUCGUUGUGACGAAGAACCGCAAGAUAUCAUUAUCGUCAAUUGUAAAAAACGAAAAACCUCAGAAGAAACCUUAGAUUCAUCAGAUAAAACACCAACGGUUCUUCAACUUGCUGGAACAGUCAAAAACCAAGAAGACGAUGUUCUUAAACAUUGCAAAACAUCACUCAAAGAGAACAUUGAGACUGACAUAAAGAAAAAAACCCAUCAGAAUGUGUUUCAAUCAAUUCGCGACCGCGUCCGCGAAGAAUGCAUCCAAAACAGUAAAGAAAACCGCUACAAAGUCGUCAAUCUCUGUAGAUCCAACUCACACAAUGAUGAUGGUGUUACCAUUGUUGAUGUGGAAGCAGAUAAAAUGGUUGAAGAUGUCGAAUCCAAACCUCAAUAUGUCUAUGAUUUAUAUUACACAAUUUCUGAUGAUUUGGGAGAAAUUUAUGAUCAUGACUUAGUUGGUGUUUAUCCACUAAGUAACGAAUUAGUUUACGGAUCUCAUCGUGAUAACGGCGCUGCUGAUUCAGAUGAUGAUGAAAGUGAAGAUUCAAACGCUGAAAAUAACUGGCGCAAUGAAUAUCCCGAUGAAGACGAGUAUCGGGACGAUAAUAGCAUAACCGAAGAUGAUAUGAUCUCGGCAAUGCAACACGUUCAUUUGGAUAAAGAUGAUUUAUCAUCAGAUGAUGAAAAUGCGGGUUUUAUUUAUAGUAUUGAUAGUGAAGCGGCUGGAUUCGAGGAAGACAUCGAUGAAUCUGAUGUUAAUCGUUACGGUGAGCGAUACGCACUUUUCAAAGCACGUUAUAAGAAAAGUGAAAGAGAUAGCAGUGUGGAUGAUGAAGAUUUCUACUAUGAGUAUGAUGAUGAUGCUAAUGGUCAUGAAGAAGAAGCUCAUUCUUCAUAUUAUUGAUGUUUUUUUACGUUGUUUAAGUAUGGCAUAAUUGUCGGCGCAGAAGCUUGCCGAACACUCAUCUCCCAAGUAUCCAACAAUUGCGACAGCGAAAAAUGUUUCGGCAGUUUCUUCACUCUAGCCAGCAAUGCGGUUUGUACUCUGGUUAAAAACUGUGUGGUUUCAUACUCGUGUGGAGCCAUGUAAACCUUGGGCGAUGUCAUCGGAUAAUCCUCUGGUACAGUGAGCGAAACUGGAGGGACGCAUGGUAAGUUUUUAUCAUCCAACCAACAAAUAAGUUGUAUUGUUUUUGAUCCUGGUUGUUGAUUCGGGUCGAUGGAUACUUUAAAGCGUUGAUCCAACCGUGCAAUUUCUCCUUGUAACACUUCGGGGAUUUCACUGGCUGGUUCUUCGAUUCUUUUGCGUUUUAAUGGUGGAACUAACCUGGAAAUUAUAAUGUUAAUUUUAGUUUUGUCAUUUUUUUGGUUUUAUUUAAGUUUUACUUUAAUUCUGGACUGAAAAGCGCAUCCAGAGUUGGUCCAAAAGUACGAUGCAAGGUGUGAUUAAUCGAAGGUGCCUGUAGAUUGUUAUUAACUGCUUCAAUUAGAGGUUUAAAUGCAUGAUGUUCUUUAAGA